CAGCAUCGUCAGUUUCCUGAAGUUUCAAUGAACGAUCUUUCGGGCCAACCCAGAGCUUUAGCCUCGAAACUGCCCUUCUACUGGCCGAGACGUCUUCUACAUAUCUCGUCGCUGCGAGUUUAUGAGAAAAAUCGGGAAAACUGCUACAAUGGCAUUCGCGAACCACGCUAUGCAACUAUCUCCUAUACUUGGGGCAGAUUUGAAGUACCCCAAGAAGAGACUUUGAAGAUUGCCGGAAUUACCUGGAAGAUUCCGAGUGUCGAUCGUGAACACUUCACAGUUGGGCAUUUCGCAAGAACGAUCCGAGCCAUAGGCACUAUCAGCAAUGUCGAGUUCCUAUGGCUGGACGUAGCAUGCGUGAACAUGACAAGUGGUUCGGAUCUUGAUGCUGAAGAAAUCUCCAAACAAGGAGAUAUCUUCCGCGGCGCCUCCCAGAGUUUUAUUUGGCUUAGUGAGACGACUUCCGAGAUGUUGAGCACUACAUUAGAAAGAACAGCAGCUUUUGUAGAUACAUAUAGGCAUGAAAACCAUGCUUUAGAAGGAAACCACUGCCACCCACAGUCGUCAAGUCAGAUUUCGCCAAUCUUGGGACGGUUGCUAGCAGAUCCCUGGUUCAAGAGCCUCUGGACACUACAAGAAGCCAUGGCAAAUCCAAACGCUAUACUUUUGUCAGCCGAUGGUUCCCCAACUAUCUUACCUGCUGGGUGUAGCACCACUGGCGAUAGAGAGUCACAGAUCCGUUUGAAGGAAAGGGAUAUCUCUGCACCAUCGUGGGUUCUCCAUUCCCACGAGCUGCUACCUAUCAAAGGUGACGAAACCAGCACAUCUCGAACGGCUUAUGUAUCAUUACAUAGUUUAGCGUGCACUGCACAAUCUAUUCGGGACUUGGCCAAUUCGUUGCCAUACCGGCGGGUUACUGCUCCAAUCGAUGCAAUUCGUAGAACGAUCCAAGAGAGCGGUCUUCCUUCGCUCGCGACCUAUAACCUGCUGCAUCUGUGGAAAGUCGCGCAAACCAGAAACGCCAAAAGUGCAAACGAUCGACUAGAGUAUUUUCAUAGACAUGUCCUCGGUUUUCCACGUGUUUGUAGCACAUCAGGAACUGCAAAAGGCUCAAUUUCUCUGGACCCUUACGCAUUGUUCAACAGCUGCUUUCUAUACCAUUUUCCAGUGCUCAGUCAACUCUUCACGCGGAAGAAGCCUACGCGUACUCCAAACUCGUGGUAUUUCGAUUCAGACUGCGAUUUUCCCGAACUCGACUUACUUUUCACUUGCUUCCAAGAGUAUAGCCCGAUGGUCAUUACGAGGGAGGUUCACAACGCUGAAAAUCCGCGAGUCGCUUUUACAGGGCAGAUUUUGCCCUUCGGGAAAGUUUUAGACAUUCUGUUGGAUCGUUCUUCGGAGUCCAGUAAGCUACUGGGUAUAUCGUUCGAUUGUAGUCACAUCGAGUCCGCAGGCCGGAAAUCUUACAUCCCUGCCAUGAGUGCCCUCCCUACCCGACAGUUCGAUAUAGGCUUUCAAGGACAGACAUGGUCCAUCUCUUCCCAAGAUGCAUUGCAUUAUACUGCAGCGUUUCAAACCGCUGUGUCCGGAUUAGAACAGCAAAUACAGCUAUUGCUACUUGCCCGCGCGCCUGGACACACACGGUCUUCGUCGAAUUUGACAAUCGCGGCUAUAGUUGUGCCGAAGCAGAAUAAUAAUGAAUGGCAACGGUUGGGUUGGUGUGUCUGGAUCUAUGGCGACCGAGCACGCGACGAUCUAGAGAUUAUUCCAACAGGAAUGAUUAUCGGACCCCAAAAUACGGAUGCUAAGACUAUAGAUGGUAUAUUCGCAUGA